GACAACGCGGAAGUGGCUGGUGUCACCGCCAGCAGCGCACAAACCGGCAGCCAAGCACAUUUUCUCCAAACAAACACGAUGUCCGGCAACGACGACAUCCGAUACUGUCACAAAUGCUCCUAUGUUUUCCUCAAAUUCACUCUGUUCGCGUAUGCCAUCAUCUGGUGGUUGAUAGGUGGCUUUAUCCUGGCUAUUGGGAUCUACGCGGAGGUGGAGAGACAGCGCUACAAGACACUGGAGGGAAUGUUUUUGGCACCAGCAAUUAUCCUGAUCGUUUUGGGAAUUAUUAUGUUUGUUGUUUCCUUCAUAGGAGUUUUGGGUUCACUGAGGGAUAAUAUUAUUCUCCUGAAAGUGUUCAUGUACACGCUGACACUGUGUCUGAUCGUUCAGCUGGUGGGAGGAGUUGUGGCGCUGAUCUUCUGCAACCAGACAGUGGAGUUGUUGAACAAGAACAUCCGAAGAGGCAUAGUGAAUUACUAUGAUGACUUAGACUUCAAAAACAUCAUGGACUUUGUUCAGAAGAAGUUUAAGUGUUGUGGAGGUCAGGAGUAUAAAGACUGGGAGGUCAACAUGUACCACAACUGUUCUGGUCCUGGUCCACUGGCCUGUGGUGUUCCCUAUACCUGCUGCAUUGCUACUAAGCCUAAUGAAGUGGCCAACACUCUAUGUGGGUAUAAGGUUUUGGAAAAACAGCGUCUGGAAUUGCUGGAAACCAUCCACAUCAGAGGCUGCACUGACGCUUUCUUCAUCUGGCUAAUGGACAACUACAAGAUUAUGGCUGGACUGUUCUUAGGGAUCCUUCUGCCUCAGUUCUUCGGCGUGAUAGUCAGUUGGCUGUAUAUCACACGUGUUGAAGAUGCCAUCAGUGAGUAUGGUCAAUACAUGGAUGGGCUACUGGCAUCGAACUCGCAGGAAAGAUCAGCCAAAAGGCAUGGCCGUGUGUCCAAAUGGUUUAAAUGUAUGCCGGAUAUUGAUUGACAGAAUCAACCAAAAAGGACCAAAUGGACUCCAACACUCGGUGUUUCCUAACUUGUGCCAAGGCAUCUGUGUAGUUUGACUUUGAACGGUUUUCUACUCUCAUCUACAUUUUUUUUUUUUUGAUAGUAAGAAUGAAUCAUUCAGCAACUGUAAUACCCACUGUCGAGGAGUUCCCAAUUUUUUUCAUGCUCAGUCAACUAAAGGCAAGCAGAUGUGGGAGUUGACUGACUUUGGUACAACUCUGAAAUAUGCUAUUUCCAACACAUACCAAAUGUUAUUAAGCUACUUUGCCUUAUCUCAGGGAUAAAGAUAAAAACCAGUGCAACCAGUUUUACAUGUAGUUAGUCCUGUCACAGUAUGCAACCAACAGGCCAGUGAUAACAA